AAAGAGAGACCCUCCGAGAUAAACACAGCCAGGCGAAAGAAAUAAACACUCCAAUCCGAGAUGCUUCAAGAAGUCGUACUUCGUUUAAAGAAGACACAGUAAGAACAAAAUCAGUCGUGCUUUUUUCUUUAUUUUUUCCUUUUUUCGUUUGAUUUAAGAAAUAGAUUUAGUGUAUACCAGCACAUCGACUCAUUUUGAACGGAAAGACGCAACGGAAUCUGUUCCCUUCCUUUCCAUGGGAUUUUGAGUUACAAGUUAUUCACAAGAAGAAAAAAAAAACAAAACAGUCCAGACGAGCUGAGUAAGAAAGCUUGUGUUUUUUUUUCUUCCUCUUCUCCUGUGAGCGGAUCAGCGCCUAGAAGUUCACCUCAUGUCGUGUUUUCAAAAUUGGAAGUUAAUACUUCCGUAGCUGACUGCAUUUUUUGUUGUUGUUGUUGUUUAUUUGUUUGUUUAUUGCGCGGACUGGUUUUAAAGCUCAAUUCGCAUCGAUCGAGAAAGCGAUGCUACUGGACGCUGGUCACCAGUUCCCCGGCUUGGGAGUUGGAACGUUUGCGAGGCACCACGCGGCCAGCGACAUGCAGGACAGGGACUUGAGCUUAGCGCAGAACAGCUUCGUAGACUCGGCGGCUCACAUGGGCGCCUUCAAACUCAACCACGAGCUCUCCCCGGGACAGAGCUCGGCGUUCACGUCCCAGGCGCCCGCCUACCCCGCCGCAGCGCUGGGCGCGCACGCCGCCCAUGUCACGUCGUACGCCAGCUCGCCCUUCAACUCCACGCGGGACUUUCUGUUCCGCAGCCGCGGCUUCGGCGACUCGUCGCCGGCCGGCGGCCAGCACGCGCUCUUCGGCCCCGCCGCCAGCUCGCUCCACCACUCCCACGCGGACGGCCAGGGCCACCUCCUGUUCCCGGGCAUCCACGAGCAGCACGGCUCGCACGGCUCCCCUAACGUGCUCAACGGGCAGAUGCGCCUGGGUCUGGCGGGCGAGGUGUUCGGCCGCUCCGACCAGUACCAUCAGGUGUCCAGCCCCAGGACCGACCCCUACUCGGCCGCGCAGCUGCACAACCAGUACGGCUCCAUGAACAUGAACAUGGGCAUGAACAUGGCAGCGCACCACCACCACCACCACCCCGGCGCCUUCUUCCGCUACAUGAGGCAGCAGUGCAUCAAGCAAGAGCUCAUCUGCAAGUGGAUCGACCCCGAGCAGCUGAGCAGCCCCAAGAAGAGUUGCAAUAAAACUUUCAGCACCAUGCACGAGCUCGUCACGCACGUCUCCGUGGAGCACGUCGGCGGGCCCGAGCAGAGCAACCACGUCUGCUUCUGGGAGGACUGUCCGCGGGAGAGCAAGCCCUUCAAAGCCAAAUACAAAUUGGUCAACCACAUUCGCGUGCACACGGGGGAGAAGCCGUUCCCCUGCCCUUUCCCGGGCUGCGGCAAAGUCUUCGCGCGGUCAGAGAACCUGAAGAUCCACAAGAGGACGCAUACAGGGGAGAAGCCGUUUCAGUGUGAGUUUGAAGGCUGCGACAGACGCUUCGCGAACAGCAGUGACCGAAAGAAGCACAUGCACGUUCACACUUCAGACAAACCGUAUCUGUGCAAAAUGUGUGACAAGUCUUACACGCACCCCAGCUCUCUCCGAAAGCACAUGAAGGUUCACGAAUCGUCGCCGUCAGCCUCGGACUCGUCGCCGGCAGCCAGCUCUGGCUACGAGUCCUCUACGCCCCCCGGCCUGGUGUCCCCCUCCACCGAGACCCAAAGCAACACCAAUCUGUCGCCUUCGUCAGCGGUGCACACCUCAAACGGACACAGCGGCCUGUCGUCCAACUUCAGUGAGUGGUAUGUGUAGGACUGUGCCAAUCCACAGAGAAGCAUCAUCUCUCACACGGCUCCACACAGAGCGGAGUCCACUAAAGACUUGUAGAAGCGAAUCCACGCUCGGACGAACUGCUAUCUGAAAGAAAGGCUAUUCCACCUGGAGCGAGUGAUCCUCAGCAACAGAAGAGACGUGCACA